CCCCUAAGCGGCUCCAACGGGUGGCAGGAUAAGGGCAGGGCGGUCCGGACUGGACGCUGGCAAGGAACACAAGAUCCAUGGAAGACCAAGCAAGCAGAAUGAGCACCUUACCUGCCAGCCCCAUCGCUCUGGAUUACCUGGACGAUUUCGACCUGCUGAAGUUUGAAGUGAAACAGGAGUUGCCCCGGCCAGGGAGCAGCUCCUCCGUCACUUCCACCCCAUGCAGCUCCGUGCCCCCCUCGCCCACCUUCGACAAGGGGGCUGACCCCAAAUCCUCCUUGGAAGAGCUGUAUUGGAUGGCGACGUUGCACCAGUCCUUGGCGGCAGCCGCUGGCACUGGCCCAGAGACGCAGAUGAUGCCAGGGCUGGAUGAAGCUGUGGAAGCCAUUUUAGGGGUGCCCACGGCUGAAGGGGGUCUUCGAAACAGCAUGACCCCACAGCUUCAGGGCUUCCUGGGGUCAGCGGAGAGCUUCGGCGCAGAGCAACAACAGCUUCCUCAUUUCCAGCUCCCCCGGCUUUCCGACCGCUUCUCCGAUGCCCAGCUGGUCUCCAUGUCGGUCCGGGAUCUCAAUCGGCAGCUCCGUGGCUUCGGCAAAGACGAGGUGCAGCGGCUGAAGCAGAAACGGCGCACCCUCAAGAACCGCGGCUAUGCCCAGUCCUGCCGCUUCAAACGGGUCCAGCAACGCCACAUCCUAGAGGCCGAAAAAUCCCAGCUGGCCCAACAGCUCGAGUCCUUGCGGGUGGAGGUGGCUCGCUUGGUCCACGAACGAGACAUCUACAAAGCACGGUGUCAGAAGCUGCUGAGCGAGGGGGCCGGGGGGCAUUGUGGGGAGGGGGCCAAGCCCCCCCUAGCUCAGGCUCCUCCUUCCAUGGUGCAGUUUUUUCUAUGAGCCUGCCCUGGACUUCCUUCCAUUUCCAUCAAAACUUUGGGAGCUGUGUGGGGAAAUAAACUUGCCAAGGAGCUGCUUCUCCUCUUUAAUCCACCAGAGGGGAAUGCUGAGCCCAGUUCCCUCCCAGGUAGUCCCUUUCCCCCACCACUAGAUGGUGCGAAAGAGUUUCUUGACCAUUCUGGGCAGCUCUACAUGCAGAAAUAGCUUUGGGAGAUUGCAGGCAGGCAAGGAGUUGUAGUUUUGCUAGGAUGGUGCCCGGUGGUACAUCUUCCACCUGAGGAACUACAGCCCACCCCCUCCCCCAGGGUUCCCUGUGAACCGAUUCCUCAGUAUAGUGACGUCUACGGUGCAAAUAAGGCUGGUCCUCCUGGGCGUGUUAAGAAAUGCACUUGGUGAUCAUUCUGCUUCCAACAGAAGGAGAGAAAUAAAUAAAAGCCGAAAACGGUG